AGUAGCAGUACGACUAGACACUCUGUCAAGUACUAUAUAAACACAUCAAAGGACUUCUUACGAAUUUCAUUGAAACCCUUCAUCUCUCUCUCUCACUCUCUCUCUAGAAAUGGAGCAAGGGAUGAAGAACCACUACAAGAAGGGUCUGUGGACGGUGGAGGAAGACAAUAUUCUUAUGGAUUACAUAAGGGUCCAUGGCAAAGGCAGGUGGAAUCGCAUCCCCAAGGUGACAGGUUUGAACAGGUGUGGAAAGAGUUGCAGGUUAAGAUGGAUGAAUUACCUUAGCCCUAACGUUAAAAAAGGUGAUUUCUCAGAGGAAGAAGACGACCUCAUCAUUAGACUCCAUAAUCUACUGGGGAACAGGUGGUCACUAAUUGCAGGUCGGGUUCCGGGUCGAACGGACAACCAAGUGAAGAACCACUGGAACACAUAUUUAAGCAAGAAGCUGGGGAUCAACAAGAAAAACAAGGUUGGAGGCUUCUCAGAAACACACACUAGACACUGUAGAGAGGAAGUGGAGACUCUUCAGUCCCCUUCAGUCCUGAAUCCAAAAGACUCCGGGGGUUUCCACAGUGGUAGCAGUGGAAAUAUUAUACACCAAGCCAAUGAAGGUUCUCGAGAGACGACAGUCAUCGGAGGUCUAGAUGUACUGGUACCGGAGUUGGGUGAGUGUUUUAUGGGUUCUUUCUGGUUGUUCCAUGAUGAAUUAAACCAAGAAACACCAACCUUGGUUGAACUUUUAGCUGAGUAUCCAAUGGAUAUGGGUUGGCCCGAAUUGUAGCUUACAAUAAUUUCCCCUUAACAAUAAUUGCAUUACUUUUUGUGUACUUGCCGUCUUCUCACCGGCAUUCAAUAGCUUGAUGGGACAACCAUUUAUAAGUUACCGUUAGUUUGACCAA